CUUACACACGCGCACACGGGGAACCUCAUGGUGGAGAAGUGAAGUUGUCCGGUAAAAACACAUGUUUUCUGUUUAGUCUCCCUCUAAUAAGACAAAAUGUCGCAAUUGCAAGCCAGAUUCUUCACCGAGAACAAAAAGUAUCUGAUAGAUGAUGUUCCCUUCUCCAUCCCUGCUGCCUCUGAAGUGUCAGAUCUCAGUGGAAUCAUCAAUAAACUGCUGGAAGUUAAGAAUGCCGGACACAAGCAAGUUGAGUUCGACUUCCUGGUGCGAGGGCAGUUUCUGCGCACCUUACUGGCCAAUCACAUGGAGACGGAGAACAUCUCAACGGAGGACGUAGUUGAGAUCGAGUAUGUGGAGAAAUUCACGGCGCCGCAGCCGGAGGAGUGCAUCAUGCAUGAUGAUUGGAUCAGCUCUGUCCACGCAGAUUCUGAGUGGAUCCUCACGGGCUCUUAUGAUAAGACGGCUCGGAUCUGGUCGAUGGAAGGGAAGGCGGUGAUGACCGUGGCCGGACACACUGAUGUUGUGAAGGAUGUGUCAUGGGUGAAGAGAGACGGUCUGAGCUCUGUGUUUGUCACGGCAUCUCUGGAUCAAACCAUCCUGCUGUGGGAGUGGAAUUCAGAGAGGAACAAAGUGAAAGCCAGACACUGUUGCCGUGGACACGCGGGAAGCGUUGACACGGUUGCCGUCGAUCCCACCAGAACGAAAUUCUGCAGCGGUUCGUGGGAUAAAAUGCUUAAAGUUUGGUCAGCGGUACCAACAGAAGAGGAGGACGAGAUGGAGGAACCAAACAGACCCCGCAAAAAGCAGAAGACUGAGCAGAUGGGGCUCACGCGGACCCCCCUCAUGACACUGUCGGGUCAUAAUGAAGCCGUGUCUUCUGUGCUCUGGUUGGAUGAGGAGCUGUGCAGUGCAUCAUGGGAUCACACCAUCCGCCUUUGGGACGCGGAAACUGGCGUGCAGAAGAGCACCUUAACGGGCAGUAAAGUGUUUAACUGCAUCUCGUACUCUCCGCUGUGUCGCCGCUUGGCCUCUGGCAGCACUGACAGACACGUGCGUCUGUGGGACCCGAGAUCUAAAGAUGGCUCUCUGGUUCUAGUCUCACUGACGUCUCAUAAUGGUUGGGUGACGACGGUCAAGUGGUCUCCUUCCAAUGAGCAGCAGCUGGUUUCAGGAUCUCUAGACAAAAUGGUGAAACUGUGGGACGUCAGAAGUUAUAAAGCGCCGCUCUAUGAUCUUGCUGCUCACGAAGACAAAGUUCUGUGUGCUGACUGGACAGAGAACGAGUUGAUUUUGAGUGGUGGAGCAGAUAACAAACUCUACACAUACAGAUACUCGGCCUGCAUUACUGAUGCAGGGGCAUAAAACAACACAUCUGAUAUUUGACAUCAGUGUCAACCUGGAACCACAACCUGAAGAUGUUUUUUUUACUGUAAAACCAGCCAUAAAUGGACAAGAACUCAUCACUCGGAGAAAAACACACAGGACCGAAACACGAAACGCACGCAGAAUGGCUUUCUGAGUAUUAUAAUUAAAAAUAGAGAAGAAUAUAGGUAUAAUAAAUCUUUUUUUUGCUUUCUAUUCAAACCCGUUUAUGCAAGAAUGUUUUUUUUAUGAAACUUGUGUUAAUGAAUGAGGUACAGUUUUAUGCUGUGGUUUGAUAAAUGGUGUGCUUAAAGGGAUACUUCACCCAAAAAUGACCAUUCUGUCAUUUACUCACCCUCAUGUUAUUUCAUUCCUGUUUAAAUUUAAAAAAGAUAUUUGGAAGAAUGUCAGAAAAUUUUCAGUUCCGGGAAAUCAUUGACUACCAUAGUAGGAAGAAUUAAAUGGUAGGUGGCCCAGAGCGGUUUGCAUUCGUAAAUUCUUCAAAACAUCUAAUUUUGUGUUCAACAGAACAAAUACAAAAUCUUUUUUGAUAGUGGAUGUACCAGAACUGAAAAUUGCUGACAUUCUUCCAAAUAUCUUUCUCUGUGUUCAGCGGAACAAAAAAACAUACAGGUUUGAAACAACCUGAAGAUGAGUAAAUGAUGACAGAUUUUUUUUGGGGGGUGAACUGUCCUCUUAACACAGUGUCUGAACUCCUCCUUGUCUCUGAUUUUAAUCAGCUGCGUUUUCAUAUAUAACAAUAUUACAUUGUGUAAAUGUUUAAGACUUGUUUGUUGUGUAAACAUACAUUUUACUGUUGUUGUUUUGAAAAUUAAAAAUGAAAAUCUGUUCAGAGAA